CCAGGCUCCCGGCGGUGCAGUCGGCGGGCCGAGGCCAUGGUGGAGCCGGCAGACGAGGCGCCGCUGCUCUUCUGGGCCGAGGGCCCCGCGGUCUCCCUGCCGCAGCCCGAGCCGGAGCGGGGCGGCUGGAGCCUGGCCCCGGGGGGUGGCGCGGCGUGGGGCGGCCCCGGGGAGCUGCCGCGGGGGCCGGAGGCGGAGGCGGACCAGAUCGUGGCGGUGUUCGUGGUCACCUUCGAUCCCCGCUCGGGUAACAUGGUGGAAUGGUGUUUGCCCCAAGACAUUGACUUAGAAGGUGUUGAGUUCAAAUCCAUGGCAAGUGGGUCGCACAAAGUCCAGUCGGAUUUCAUUUAUUUCCGGAAAGGGCUCUGCUUCGGCCUGGCCUGCUUUGAAAACAUGCCCGUGGAGAGUGAAUUAGAGCGUGGCGCCCGCAUGAAGUCUGUGGGGAUUCUCUCCCCUUCGUACACCCUGCUCUAUAGAUAUAUGCAUUUCCUGGAGAACCAGGUCCGACACCAGCUGGAGAUGCCAGGGCAUUACUCCCACCUAGAGGCAUUUUAUGAUGACAAGAAGGGGGUUCUCCCUGCUGGCAAGGGUACCUCCAACUCUCAGCCACCCGUCCACUGGCUGCCCUCCAUCCACAGAUACAUGUAUCCAGAGAUGAAGAUCACACACCCCGCAGGCUGUAUGUCUCAGUUCAUUAAGUUCUUUGGAGAGCAGAUCUUCAUCCUCUGGAAGUUCGCUCUGCUACGCAAGCGCAUUUUGAUAUUUUCACCACCGCCAGUAGGAGUUGUCUGCUAUAGAGUGUAUUGCUGUUGCUGCCUAGCCAAUGUCUCACUGCCUGGCAUUGGGGGGACCGUUCCAGAGUCCAAGCCUUUCUUCUAUGUGAAUGUGGCAGACAUAGAAAUGCUGGAGACUGAAGUGUCUUAUGUGGCCUGCACGACGGAAAAGAUCUUUGAGGAGAAGCGAGAUCUCUACGACGUCUAUGUGGAUAACCAGAAUGUGAAGACGCACCAUGAGCACCUGCAGCCACUCCUGAAGAUUAACAGUGCUGACAAGGAAAAAUACCGGCGGCUCAAUGACCAGAGGCAGAUGUUGAUGUACUCUCAGGAGGUGGAGGAGGACUGCAGCUCCUGUGAAGAGGAUCUCUUUAUCUUGUUUUUCAUGGAGCAGAACAAUCGGAUAUUUCAGACACUGAUGGAGGUGUCAGCCAGCCAGGACAAGACCUUGACAGCUGACCAUGCCCGGGGCAUGGGCCUGGACCCACAAGGUGACCGAAGCUUCCUAAUGGACCUGCUGGAAGUGUAUGGCAUUGAUGUCAUGCUAGUCAUUGAUAACCCCUGCUGCACUUAAACUGAGGACAAGAGAGACAGGGAGCAGCGAUGGCUUUUUAAAGACUAUGGAACAUUGCUUAGGAGCAUCACUGGAACUCACCACACCGUCACUGGAAGGAUCUCAUUUAUUUAAUAACUUUAUACAGAAAAGUAUUUAUAAUUUUAAACAAAAUGUGAUUUUAUUUUCCUUUCUUCAGGAUUGACUGCUCAAGGUUUGGUUUGUUUUUUUCCUGAUAUCCAUAGAAGCAAUGGCACCUUUUCACCAACCCUCACAGUUGACAUUGGCAGCUGUUUUUGGCCUAGUCUGGACUUCUGAGGGGCUGGAGAUUUCAGGGAAAGCACCUUCUCUCAUGGGGACCAAUGUGAAAUCAUGCAUAUUUGAGCCUUCAGGAGUUGACGGUGGAGAAUGUCCCCUCCAACUGGGUAUUGUACAGUGCUCCCCAAUCUUUUCAGCAUCCUCCACCCUACUGUGUCUUUCACUGGGGACAGUUAAUUAUGCAGGUUAGACUCUGUACACCCCACUCGCCCACCCUUACAGCAGUUGAGUUGGAGUCCAACUACCAUUCCCAUCUAUGGCAGAAGAAAAUGGUUAAGACUAGACGCGCUACAGGAUCAUGUGAUCAUCACUUUGCAUUAUGGGAUGCUAGAAGGUGUUGCGUUCUCAUUUCCACCAUUUGAAAGGUGGAGUGAUCUAGAGCCUACCCUCCCCAUUUCGUGCCUGGAGCGCAGGAGAAUGGAGAAACUCUUCACCACCUGGUGUCUCCUAACUCCCCCUUUAUUUAUUAUUUGCAUGGAUCCUGCUUUGAUUAAAGAUUUUUAAAACAGCAGGAUAGUGUCCAGGUAGCCUCUACCGAGCAGCGACCAAUAUCACAACGGCACCCUGCAGUUAAUGUGCUUUGCAGUCUCUUCUCAGGGCCGGGUUGAGCACCGUUGAUAGAGCUGUGUGGGAAAUGCUUGGCUCUGACACGUCAUCAGCCCUUCCUUCGUCAUCAGCCCUUCCUUCGUUGCUAACUUCAUCAACAGAACGGGCAGAAUCUUUCUGCAGGGUCUGCUACUUAGUCCGGCUUCCUGUCUUGUUCUCCCAGUGCCAUGAGUUUGUAUCAGUUUGUGCUUCGCCCUGGCUACCAACUUACCAGUCAUUGUUCUGCUUGAGCAUUCAGUUAAGUGGAUCAUCUUUUUGUCAGGCAGCUGUCAAUGGGACAGCCCACUUAUUUUUUCAGUGAGAGGUACAGGAGGUUGUAGCCCUGGUGCCUGGAUGGCCUCACUAUUUGCAGUGAGUUCCCUUGUGGCUUGGAGUUCUCUUCUGGCUCAGCUGCCAGAGGUGGAAGUGAGGAUGUGUGUGUGUG